AUGCAGGGUAGUGAGUGUCUGUUUGAGGCGGUGGAGCAGCAGGAUGUAGAUGCCGUCCAGAUCCUUCUCUACCAAUACACAGCUGAGGAGCUGGACCUCAACACGCCCAACAGCCAAGGGUUAACGCCGCUAGACGUGGCCGUCAUGACCAACAACACACCUGUAGCCAAACUACUGCUGAAGGCCGGCGGCAAGGAGAGCCCUCACUUUGUCAGUGUGGAGAGUCGCGAGGCCCACCUUAGCAGCCUGGUCAUCGAGGCAGAGAGGAGGACAGGGGAGCUGGCUGCUCAGGCCCAGAGAGACGGCCUUAGCCUGGAGGCCUGUGACAAGGACAAGCAGCUCCGAGCCUGGGAGUGGAGGUGCAAGCUCUACAAACGCAUGACGACUGGCUUCCAGCAUGCACGUGUGCCAGAGCCCCUGUCUGCAGUGCGUCUCAGUGUAACCAGUAGCUCCUCUCUCACGGUCACAUUCCAGGAGCCCCGCUGCCUCAACUCUGCUGUGAUCACCAAGCACAGAGUGGAGUGGAGCUGUCUAAAGGACUUUUCCAUGCUGGCUGGAGACAUGGUGUUGGAAAACCUACAGACACUCAAAUGUACCAUCAACGGCCUUACCAUGGGGAGGCUGUACUAUGUCCGAGUGUCAGCCUACAACAUGAAGGGUUGGGGUCCACCUCAGUCAACUCUACCCCCCUCCGCUUCACCCUCCAACUGUAGGGAGAGUGAUGGUCGGGAGCCCAGGAGAAGAGAGCACAUGGAGCGCCUGCUGCAACAGGUCCGCGCUACUCACACACACUACAGCUGCGGAGACACAUCAAAGCUCCAGAACCCAAGCCGUAAGCAGUCCGUCUCCAGAAGUCUCAAGCACCUCUUUAACUCCUCCAACAAGUUUGUCAAGACUCUCAAAAGGGGGGUUUACCUGGCGGCAGUGUUCUACCACAAAGACAGUCUACUGGUGACCACAGAGGACCAGAUCCCUAUAGUGGAGGUGGAUGACUCUUACGGCAGCUCUCUCAUGCAGGACUUCCUAUGGUUCACUAAGUUGUCGUGUAUGUGGGAGGAUGUGCGGUGGCUGAGACAGAGUAUGUCUGUCUCCAUGUCCUCCUCCUCCACUCUACAGGCCAGACAGAAGAUGUUGGCUGCCGCUGGGCAACUACAGAGCUUGUUGGGGACACACAAGCUGGGGCGUGUCCACUACGAGCCCAUCAAGGAUCGUCAUGGCAACGUAUUGCUAGUGACUAUCCGGGACAUGGAGAGCCAGUACUCGUUCUUCAGUGGGAAGUGGAUGCAGGUGUCCAAGCUACAAAGCCAGAGGAAGAGUCUGUCCACACCUGAAGAACCCUACGCACUGGACAUACUGCUAAUUACCAUACAGGAUAUCUCUGCCUAUCAGAGGCGUAGCCAGCAUCGCCUGACCCCAGGUCUGUACCUGGGUUACCUGAAGCUCAGCAGCUCUGUAGACCAGAUCAGAGUGCUGGUGCCACAGAGGAUGCCCAACAUGCUGUGCCAUGCGCGGGUACGAGACAACGCCAAUGUCUCCAGGGAGGAGUGGGACUGGCUGCAGAGGCUGUCAAAUAUAGAGGAUGGAGAGAAGGAGAGAAUGGAGGGAGAGAGGGAGGGAGUGGAUCAAACGACAGACAGUAACACACCAUUGCUCUACUACGAGCUACAGACUGCCCUCAAGGCCCUGCUGAAACUCAUCAACCUACCUCUGCACCAGGCCAAGCACUUCCGUAUCUACACUCACGAGGUGUUGGAGUUGGGUCAUAAUGUUUCCUUUCUGCUGCUGCUGCCGGCGGCUGACGAUGUGUGUACCGCUCCCGGACAGACCAACCCCUACACACCACACUCCGGCUUCCUCAACCUCCCUCUCCAAAUGUUUGAGCUGGCCCAUUUCAGUGCGUACAAGGACAAGUGCAUGAGUCUGUACUGUCGCAUGUCGUCUGUCUUGGACCUGGAUGCACUUAUUACCCAGCAGGCCCUGCGAGAGGCCAUCACGGACACAGAGGUCGCCACGGCCAAACAGAGACACCAACAUAUACUAGACUAUACACAGCAGCUGGAUGAGAUGUGGCAGGAGCUGCGUUGGAUCACUGAUGCCCUGCAGUAUGCCCGCUACAAGCAUCCCCGUGGCGGUGUGCCCAUCACCAGCCUGGUCAAUGCCAGCAAGCCUGAGUCAGACCAGGGGGCACAGAAGAGUGACUCAGCAUCCUCUACCAUGGACUACCUACCCACACCAUCACCCUCACCUGAGCUACGACCCAGGAAGGCUGCUAGUGACUCCCAACUGGGGUCAGAUGAGGACGGUUGUUCAGAGGUGUUCCUGCCAACAGACAGCGACUAUGACUCCAGCGAGGCCUUGUCCCCCCGUGAGCUGGACCUGCUCUACUCUUCCCAACAGGACCUCUCCCAGCAGGCUGUGCACGCCCUGGGAGGCAGCGCUCCCGACGUACUGCAGAUACACGAACUAAGGUACAGCAUCUGCCAUCCCAAAGACCUCCCUCUCUCCCCCGCCUUCCCCCUCUCCCCAGGCCCACUCCUCUCCCCCGCCUUCCCCCUAUCCUCAGCCCCACCCUUCUCCCCUGCCCUCAUUCUCCCCAAGACCACCUUUUCUUGCACCAAAAUCCUGGAGGGUCUCUCCCUCUCCAAGACAACCCAGGACCAGCACUCCUCCACCCCCCUGCGGCCCCUAGCCAACCCCCCAACCAAGCGGAAGCUGCUGUCCAGAAGCCACGGGGCCGCUGGGCCCCAGCACUGGUUGAAGAGCCACAGCGACAGCCACACUGGGUCCCUGUCUGAGGGGGUCUAUACCAGGCAGAAGGACCCAGACCUUCCCCUGGAUCUCCCAUCCCCUCAGGGGGAGACAUACGUUAGUCAUGCUUCCUGUGUCCUGGAGGGCAGUGGGGUGGGGCAGAGGGAGCCCAGGCCCCAUGUCAGGAGGAUCUUUGUGGAACCGUGUAAGGAAACAUCGCUUGAGAACAGGGGCUGGGGAGAGGAGGAGAGAGGGAUGGAGGGACGGGGGGAGAAAGGGGCAGGGGUGAUGGUGGUUGUCACAGAGGAGGGGUCAGGAGAGGAGGCAUCUGAAGGAGCAACAGCCCAGGAUGUGGACUCAGACGACCAAACGAACACACAGGUGUCAGAGAUCCUCAGCAGCACGCUCUAGGGAUUGGAUGAUAAUCAGUAACACGCUCUAGGAUUGGAUGAUAAUCAGUAACACUCUCUAGGGAUUGGAUGAUAAUCAGUAACACUCUCUAGGAUUGGAUGAUAAUCAGUAACACUCUCUAGGAUUGGAUGAUAAUCAGUAACACGCUCUAGGGAUUGGAUGAUAAUCAGUAACACGCUCUAGGAUUGGAUGAUAAUCAGUAACACUCUCUAGGGAUUGGAUGAUAAUCAGUAACACGCUCUAGGAUUGGAUGAUAAUCAGUAACACGCUCUAGGGAUUGGAUGAUAAUCAGUAACACGCUCUAGGGAUUGGGAUGAUAAUCAGUAACACUCUAGGAUUGGAUGAUAAUCAGUAACACGCUCUAGGGAUUGGAUGAUAAUCAGUAACACGCUCUAGGAUUGGAUGAUAAUCAGUAACACGCUCUAGGAUUGGAUGAUGGUUUGGCAUGGUGCUCCAGGGUCUGGUUGCACCAGUUGGGCAUAACAAAGGUAAUGCACGUUCAUGAGAUUUAAUGCUUCAAAAUGAUGGUUGCUAGGCAGCCCCCGUUCGUAGGCUGUUCCCAUCCACGUGGUGGUUUUAAACUUACCUUCACUUCGCAAAGCCCACUACUAUGCAUGUUUUCUUAACCAGAACAGGUUGGAUCCAUAAAGAAUCACUAUGGGAAUAGAUAUCAUACAUUUAGCAUGUUAUAAUGUAACUUAAAUCAAGUGUAUUAUUUUGCUAUUGACUCACGCUUAGGCAACUCCAAAAGCCUGCGCAGGUUGUAAAAUAUGAACACGAGACUCAUAUCCUUUUGAAAAUAUAUAUCGCUAUCAUGAUGACGAGAGUCCCAAUUUAACCCUACGCCUGCUCCCUACUAGAUGUAGAGUCUAUGCCCAGUCAUAGCUCAUAGAAGGGCUUACGACCAGGUGGUGUAACGGGUAUCAUUUUUAGAGCCGGCGUACAGUGCGUUUUAUGUCGGGUGUAGAGUAAUGAUCCACUUACAACCCGGUGCAACCGGCCCCAGGAUUGGACGAUGCUCAGGUGAAAAGUCUAGCAUUGGCCCAUGUUCAGUAACACACUCUAGCAUUUGACAGUGGUUCAGUAACGACCUCCAGGAUUGGACGACGGCUCAGCAACAUGUUCUUGGAGUGAACGAUACUGAGUAACAAGCUUUUGAACGAUUGGACAAUGGAUAAUUGAUGACAUUUGGAUGGAGCACUAUCAUUUUGGAACGCUGCAUACAAUACGUAUCCCUCCACAGUGUAUCCAAACUGCCAUCAAUGCACCUUUCCCUGUCUGUUUCUGCCUCUGUGUGUGUUUGUGUGGGCCUCGUUCCUUCUUUCAUCGCUUUCUCUCUGUCCUUCAUAUCCCUGUGGACAGGCAUGCUGAACUGACUCUGAGCUAGUGGACGUGUGUAGCUCACAGACGGGACAAUGCUUGCUCUCUCUGUACAAUGUACUAGAGACUCAAGUUGCUGGCCAACUGUCUGAACUGUAGAACUCAGAACCAAGCCAAGGCUCCAACUGUUAUGACCUAUAACCAAUGCAACAUGAACUAAAGCACUGCUUCACCUUUGCACUUGAAUCUGUGUUGAUGGCCGCAAGAUCUCAGAGUUGCUAUUUCAAUUGAUGGGUAUUCGUGGUACCUUUGUCGAUUUACAUAUUAGAUACAAGCCUUGUGUUUCUCUACACAGCAAAUUGGCCAGUGUUAACUAGUGUUGCUUUUUCAGUGUAGCGUUUCCAGUGUUGAUUCAGGAGUUAAAUAUAGCACUGUAAAUAUUUAAAGAACCACAGUGUUGGUGUUAAAUAACCAGAGUUGAACCAAAACCUCUGCCAUCAUUAUCAUAUUUCCCAGCAUGCUCUUUUGCAGGUUGAAUUUUUGAAUUGUUUGUUUAAAUAUCUAUGUUUUUUUUGCAUGCACAUUGAUUCAUUGAUGUUAUUCUACUUAAAGGGCUCAGUGCAGUCCAAAAUGUGAUUUUCCAGUAUUUUAUAUAUAUUUCCACACCAUGAGGAUGGAAUAAUACUGUGAAAUUGUGAAAAUUAUGAAAAUGCCCUUUUAGUGUAAGAGCUGUUUGAAAAGACGCCUGCAAUUUCCGCCUGUUUUAGUGGAAUGGGGCUGUAAAUGAGUUAAUAGACCAAUAAGAGAGUUCCAAACUACCUUGUCAAUAAUGUCUAGUUUUCAGUUUUCCCCUCCCCCACUCAGACCUGUCCCAGACAGUCCUGGCUAAAGUCUUGCUUGAGAAAUUGCUCUUUGCUAAGAAGCUAUUUUUCUUUUCGACCAUUUUAAUUGAAACCAAUCACAGUAAGGUACUUAAUUGUUACCCAGAAAUGAUUUGAUGUUGAGAUAAAAAAAAAACAGCUGCAUUGGACCUUAUAAAAUAUAAAUAACAUCAAUUGUUCUGAAAUAAUCUAAUCUGUUACUUGGACUUAAUGCACCCUUUACUGAAAUGGCCGUUCCAGUUUAGAUGGGUUAGGUAGUCUAAUAUUUUAGUAUUCCCAUCCCUGGAUGUCAACUAAAUUGGAUAUUCCUGCUGCUGGAUUCCAAUAGGAAUUACACAUCACUUUGCAAACCAGCAUAAUGUGACUUGCAGGCCUGAUAUGGAGUAUCAGGCCACUGUAUGAGGGUAAAACUAGGCCCUCAAAGUAAGGCCUUAAGAAAUAUUUAUUUUAUUGUCUUAUAUAAUUACAUUAUAUGAUAUGAUAACAUUCGCUUAGGAUCUCACCUAGUGAAGAUCACAGGACUGAAAAUGCAACAACCAUGUCUCUGUCACUAACAAAUACAGUCAUGAGUGGUAACUCUACAAUAUAAUAUAAUAUAAAGGCAAGGCACUCUGGGAAAUAUGCAAAUAAGACUUCACACUAAGGAAAGCGUUAAUCUAACUCUGAAAAUUGUGGACCUGUACGCUUGAGAAUUUGCUGUGUAGGUGUCUCAGCAUGGACUAUAGGCACCCGCAGUGAAUGUACUGUCAUGGUUUAAAAGUUGGUUUUCUGUGGUAACUAAUGCGUCAUUACCAUCAUGCUAAGCUGGUUCUUUUGUGGUUCUGUUACAACAAAAAGUCAACCGGAGUCUCAUUUAGAAUAACAGUGACAUUCUUCAUACACUAAAACAGUCACUUUUCAUAUCUUUCUCAGACUAACAACAUCACCAGCAUUUAAUAUCAAACCAAAUUGGAUUUUGUCACAUGCUUCGUAAACAACCGGUGUAGACUAACAGUGAAAUGCUUACUUCACAACAAUGCAGAGAGAAAAAUAUAUAAAAAUACACACAGAGUAGUGAUGAUAACUUGGCUAUAUACAUGGGGUACCAGUACCGAGUCCACAUGCAGGGGUAGGACGUAAUUUGGGUAGAUAUGUAUUCAGACCACACUAUGUUGUCAACAUUUUGUUAAAUUUUGUUUAAAUUACUGCCUUAUUCUAAAAUUUAUUUAAUACGUAUUUCCUCAUCAAUCUACACACAAUACCUCAUAAUGACAAAGUAAAAACAGGUUUAGACAUUUUUGCAAAUUUAUUACAAAUAAAAAAACAGAAAUAUCACAUUUUACAUAAGUAUUGAGAGCCUUUACUCAGUACUUUGUUGUAGCACCUUUGGCAGCGAUUACAGCCUCUACUCUUCUUGGGUAUGACACUACAAGCUUAACAAACCUGUAUUUGGGGGAGUUUCUCCCAUUUUUCUCUGCAGAUCCUUUCAAGCACUGUCAGGUUGGAUGGGGAGUGUUGCUGCCCAGCUAUUUCCAGGUCUCUCCAGAGAUGUUUGAUCGGGUUCAAGUCCGGUCUCUGGCUGGGCUCCUCAAGGACAUUCAGAGACUUGUCCCUAAGCCACUCCUGCGUUGUCUUGGCUGUGUGUUUAGGGUCAUUGAACCUGACUAGCCUCCCAGUCCCUGCUGCUGAAAAACCUCCCCACAGCAUGAAUCUGCCACCACCAUGCUUCACAGUAGGGACGGUGCCAGGUUUCCUCCAGACGUGACACUUGACAUUCAGGCCAGAGGGAUCAAUCUUGGUUUCAUCAGACCAGAGAAUCUUUUUUCUCAUGGUCAGAGUCAUUUAGGUGCCUUUUGGCAAACUGCAAGCGGGCUGUCAUGUGUUAAAGAAGCAGGGAAGCACUGCUAAGGUACACAAUAGUAUGUUUUGGUAGACAAGCUGCUAAGGUACACAAUAAUAUGUUUUGGUAGAUAGAAGCUGCUAAGGUACACAAUAGUAUGUUUUGGUAGACAAGCUGCUAAGGUACACAAUAAUAUGUUUUGGUAGACAGAAGCUGCUAAGGUACACAAUAAUAUGUUUUGGUAGACAAGCUGCUAAGGUACACAAUAAUAUGUUUUGGUAGACAGAAGCUGCUAAGGUACACAAUAAAAUGUUUUGGUAGACAAGCUGCUAAGGUACACAAUAAUAUGUUUUGGUAGACAGAAGCUGCUAAGGUACACAAUAAUAUGUUUUGGUAGACAAGCUGCUAAGGUACACAAUAAUAUGUUUUGGUAGACAAGCUGCUAAGGUACACAAUAAUAUGUUUUGGUAGACAAGCUGCUAAGGUACACAAUAAUAUGUUUUGGUAGACAAGCUGCUAAGGUACACAAUAGUAUGUUUUGGUAGACAGAAGCUGCUAAGGUACACAAUAAUAUGUUUUGGUAGACAGAAGCUGCUAAGGUACACAAUAGUAUGUUUGGGUAGACAGAAGCUGCUAAGGUACACAAUAAUAUGUUUUGGUAGACAGAAGCUGCUAAGGUACACAAUAAUAUGUUUUGGUAGACAGAAGCUGCUAAGGUACACAAUAAUAUGUUUUGGUAGACAGAAGCUGCUAAGGUACACAAUAGUAUGUUUGGGUAGACAGAAGAUGCUCUUUGGUAAAAGUAGGUAAAUUGUUCAUCAAAAUGAACGGAGGACCAAGACAAUACCAUUAAGGCCUGAUUGGUGGAGUGCUGUAGAGAUGGUUGUCCUUCUGGAAGUUUCUCCCAUCUCUACAGAGGAACUCUGUCAGAAUGACCAUCGGGUUCUUGUUCACCUACCUGACCAAGGCCCUUCUCCCCUGAUUGCUCAGUUUGGCCGGGCGGCCAAGUCUAGGAAGAGUCUUGAUGGUUCAAAACUUUUUCCAUUUAAGAAUGAUGGAGGCCACUGUGCUCUUGGGGCCCUUCCAUGUGCCAGAAAUGUUUUGAUACCCUUUCCCAGAUCUGUGCCUCAAUACAAUGCAGCAGGUUGCCUAGUGGGGCGGCAGGUAGCCUAGUGGUUAGCGUGUUGCGCCAGUAACCAAAAGGUUGCUGGAUUGAAUCUCUGAGCUAACAAGGUAAAAAUCUGUUGUUCUGCCUCUGAACAAGGCAGUUAACCCACUGUUCCCCGGUAGGCCGUCACUGUAAAUAAGAAUUUGUUCUUAACUGACUCGCCUAGUUAAAUAAAAUAAAAAUCUGUCUUGAAGCUGUGCGGACAGUUCCUCUGACAUGCACUGUCAACUGUGGUACUUUAUAUAGACAGGUGUGUGCCUUUCCAAAUCAUGUCCAAUCAAUUGAAUUUACCACAGGUGGACUCCAAUGAAGUUGUAGAAACAACUCAAGGAUGAUCAAUGGAAACGGAAUCAAUGGAAAGCUCAAUUUUAAGUCUCAUAACAAAUGGUCUGAAUACUUAUGCAAAUAAGAUAUUUCUGUUCUUAACACUUUAUAAAUUUUUGCCUAGUCAUUGUGGGGUUUUGUGUGUAGAUUGAUGAGGAAAAUGUUUAUUUUAAUACAUUUUAGAAUAAGGCUGUAACGUAACAAAAUGUGGAAAAAGUGAAGGGGUCUGAAUAAUUUCAGAAUGCGCUGUAGAUAGGGGUCAAUAUCUUUCUAGUAUACAGUAGUAAACAGUUAUGAAUCUUUAAGUGGACUGUAGGUUGCCCCUGGGCCAUGUUCUGACAAGCCCAUCGUUAAGAAUACUGAUGAUGACGAGAGUAUUAAACAUUCCAUAGCGAGCUGCAAUGAAUUCCAAUAUCAUAGCCCCUAUAUCCCUAUAAGUAUUUUUGUACUCUAUUUUAAAAUGUUGAUAACUUGCUAUUUUGCAUUGAAUGUCUACCAUUUUGUCUUGUACUUGAAUCAAAUGGAGAUGUAUUAUCUUGUUGGCAUGGACUUUGUUUUGUACAUGUGUGGACUAUAGCUUGUGUCCAGUUUGAUUUUGUGCCCCCCCCUUGGUUUGGCAUGAGAAAGUCAAGGUUUAGAGAUCAGGGGUCAUGGACUGGUGGGGUCAGAGGCUGCACUUUACAUCGUGGACUUUAGUAGCCAUGCGGUGUGAAGUUAUGUUUCCAUGACACUUUAAGGGUUGUUUUUCAACUGUGUUUAAUCAUGAACACUGUAGCGUUAUGUUUUUAUCCUGUGUUCUCUGGUACAGAGUAUUAUACUGUCUAUAGUAUUAAUACUCUGUUGUAGAGAUGAAUACAGCGUAUUGGAUUCAUGUUAUUAGAUUAACAUUUCCAGGACCAGCUAAUAAUUGUGCUCAUAUGAAGUUUACCACACCAUGGAUAAUAUCAGACUAAAUUGCACUUUGAACUUUGUAUGUCUAUUUUAUUUUAUUCAAAUGAUGAUACAUCAAGCUAAAACCCAAACAACACCUUUAGGGUUUUAUCAAAGCCGUAGUGCACGGGUAAGAGGUAAACCGGAGCUAGCUUUUCACUAUUUUAAAAUGGCAGGUGACUACAAAACCUCAUUUAAAUGUAACGUACCGAUCGAGGCCAGCUUUAUCAGUAACGAUUGUAAAACAAAUUGUUGCAUUAUUAGAAUAUUAAUAUGACGGAAUAGUAAUUGUUGACGUUUAAGUUUGGUGUUGCAUCAACAGGUAAUUUUUUUCCACUUGUCUCUUAAAGAAAUAUAGUAUAUAUUAGCAACAAUGUUUUUUAUCCAUUAGGAAAAUAUGGAGCUAGGCUAGUAAUUAUUGUGUCCUCUCGGCAGUAUAUAAGCUACCUGUGCAUUUACAGGCUGUUGUAAAUGAGUUCUUUAAGAAAGCUUAUACUCUCACUUUUAUUUACAGUCAUGUGGUCUUUAAACCACUUCUCCAAAUGACUAAAAUCACUAUGUUAUUGUCUUAAGUGUUGGGCUUUGGGUUUGGGGGUAGGCCUACUACCAA